CCGCAGCCCACACCCCCCGCCGCCGCUAACUUUGCCUCUUCGCGAAGAGCCGCCCGCCGGCAGCCAGAGGGUCGGCGGAGCCCCGGCGGUCCGGAGCGAGCCCCCCCGCGAUGAAGGGCCGCCGGCGGUGGCGGUGGCGGGGGGAGCACCGCCGCUUCGCCGCGGUGCUGGUGCUGUACACGCUGCUGCUGCUCCUGCUGGUGCCCUACGCGCUGGACUACGGGGCCGGGCGGGGGCGGGCGGACGAGGAGCCGCUGCUGCGGCGCUGCCCCAGCCUGGAGGAGGCGCUGAGCGAGUGGGGCUGGGAGCAGCGGCAGCCGCCGCUGGACGAGGACGAGGAGGAGGAGGAGGGCGGCGGCGGCGGCGGCACGGCCGGCGCGGCGGGGAACGGCAGCGCGGCGGCGGCGGGGAAGCGGCACAUCUACCUGCACGCUACCUGGCGCACGGGCUCCUCCUUCCUGGGGGAGCUCUUCAACCAGCACCCCGACGUCUUCUACCUCUACGAGCCCAUGUGGCACCUGUGGCAGGCCCUCUACCCGGGGGACGCGCUGAGCCUGCAGGGCGCCCUCCGCGACAUGCUGCGCGCCCUCUUCCGAUGCGACUUCUCGGUCCUGCGCCUCUACGCCGCCCCGCCCGGGCCCCGCGACCCGCUGGCCCCCGCCCCGCCCGCCGCCGCCAACCUCACCACGGCCGGCAUCUUCGGCUGGCGGACCAACAAGGUGAUCUGCUCGCCGCCGCUCUGCCCCGCCGCCCCGCGGCCCCGCCGGGAGAUCGGCCUCGUCGACGGCGCCGCCUGCGAGGAGACGUGCCCGCCGCGGGCGCUGCGGGAGCUGGAGGCCGAGUGCCGCAAGUACCCGGUGGUGGUCAUCAAGGACGUGCGGCUGCUGGAGCUGGGCGCCCUGCUGCCGCUGCUGCGGGAGCCCGGCCUCAACCUGCGGGUGGUGCAGCUCUUCCGCGACCCCCGCGCCGUCCACAACUCCCGCCUGAAGGCCAGGCAGGCGCUGCUGCGGGAGAGCAUCCAGGUGCUGCGCAGCCGCCACCGCGCCGAGCCGCGGGGGCCGCCCCGCCACCCGCAGCAGCAGCCGCCGCCGCCGCAGCAGCUCCUGCUGCCGCCCGGCCUGCUGGGCGGCGGGCGGGCGCCGCAGCCGCAGCACCGCGCCGAGUUCUUCCUCGGCGGCGCCCUGGAGGUCAUCUGCCAGGCCUGGCUCCGCGACCUGCUCCUGGCCCGCCGCGCCCCGGCCUGGCUCCGCCGCCGCUACACGCAGCUGCGCUACGAGGACCUGGUGCGGGAGCCCCGCGCCCAGCUGCGCCGCCUGCUGCGCUUCGCCGGGCUGCCCGUGCCGCCCGCGCUGGAGGCCUUCGUGCUCAACAUGACCCGCGGCGCCGCCUACUCCUCCGACCGGCCCUUCCUCAUCUCCGCCCGCGACGCGCGGGAGGCCAUCCACGCCUGGCGGGAGCGCCUCAGCCGCCAGCAGGUGCGGCAGGUGGAGGCGGCCUGCGGCGAGGCCAUGAGCCUCCUCGCCUACCCCCUCAGCGGCGGCGACGCCCGGUAGCGAGCCCGCCGCCGGGCGAGGGCCGGACGGGCCGAGGCGGCGCGGGGCGGGGGGGGGGCGGCGGCGGCCCACGGGCCCGAGGGCGGCGGGGGCCCGGCUCCGCCGCGGCGGCCGGCGGGAGGGCGGGCGCUGCCGGGCAGAGCUGAGCGCGGGGCUUCGCGGCUGGCGUGGCGGCGGCCCGCCGCUCGCCUCACGGGGCCCGGCGCGCCGGCGGAGGGAGGGCGGCCCCGGCGGAGGCGAAGCCGCCUCGCCUCAGGCCGCCGGCAGCGCUGCGGGGUCCGGCCGCGGCCCCGGCCCCGACGACCUCCCCGGCGUUGGCUUCAGCGGGGCCGUGUUCGCUCCGGGGGCCGGGGCGCGCGGAGGGGGCACGGCGGAGGUUGUGCGGCAGAGGAAGGUCUGGCGAGAGGCGUCGAUCUCGGAGCCCUUUCGGCGUGAAACCGCGACCGCGUGCAAAGCACGGGUGUUCUCCAGAAAGACUGCGCCGAAACUCAAAAGCGUCCCGCGAAACGAAGGCGCUCGGCAGGGAACGGGAGGGCUUGAACGGCGUGGCUGCGAGAGCGUCGCCUUUCCCGAGCGCGCUCGCUCCCGCCGCUACCGAGGCGCGCGAGGGGCUUCUGUGGAGUUCGCCGCCGAGGUCAGCGCAGGCCUGGACGGGCCGGAGGGUGCCGGCCGCAGGGCAGGACUCGGCUCGCCGGCUCCCGGCCGGGCGCCGGGCUCUCUGCGGGGCUGGGCGCUGCCCGCACGGGCCGCUGGCGCUCUGGGGAGGGGGUAGCGGCCGAGGGAAGGGGAACCGAGCCUGACUCCGUCCGUCGUUCGGAGCGGCGGGCGUGUGGAGGGGGUAAGCGUUCGCCCGCUUCCGUGUUUCAAAGAUGUUUGUGGCAGAAAUCUUUGCUUUUCUAAAGAAAUCUGUAAUUCUUUUUGAAGUAGGUUUGGGGGUUUUUUUUAAUAUAUUGAUAUAGUUAGGUGGUGAUACUCAUGUGAGAUACAGGUGACUAACACGUUUCUUGGGGACACGCGUCGGGGUGACUGUAACUGGAAGGCGAACGAACGCUCGGUAUUUCCAUUUUGUUUUCUCAGCCAGACGAGAGAAUCACUUUUCUUCCCUGGCUUCCGGGCUGACACAUUGUGCCGUGCACAGGGUCCUCCUGGUCACAUCCCUUCCGAACAAUAACAUCCUCUCAGCUGGCAACUCCUGGACAAAAGCAAAUGUUUCCUAAGAGGCUAAGACAAAUUAAUCACAAAGUUCCCAAAUAAAAGCUUGAAUUUAAAAUAAAAAAGAAAAGCUUAAGUUUCAUUUGGGGUUUUAAAAUGACAUUUUCCUGUAGUUGUCCUGCAACUUGUAUGAGAAGGGUGUGCCUGUGUGUGUGUAUCUGCGAGUACCUUUUUUUCCUUAUUUCUUUUCUUCGGGGGUAGAGGGUUCAGUUGUAAUUUAGGGAUGCAGUAUUGUAACUUCUUAGGGACUGCUUCUGAGUCCAUUACAGCCUGGCAGCGUUUAAACAGCCCCACAAGAGUAUACAGGGUUAUAGGGAUGUUUACGUGCAGUCCUCAACUACAAACUGAGAACGUGAACUUCAAAUUGAGGAUAAUCCAGGAUCAGGAAGAAAGCAAUAUUUAUAUAAAGUGCUGGAAAUAAAGGCAGUUCAAAAAUGUUACGUUCUUUUGGAGGAAGCGUUUGAAUUGCAUUGUAGGUUUUCGUGCUCUGAAUAUUGUGCUGUAAAACAUGUCAGUGAGUUAGGAUGAACCUUUGUUUAUUUUAGCUCUUUUUCUUCCUUGGCCCUCCCACCUGAGAGUGCAUUGGCACAAGAAGCAGGUUUCUUUCAUUAUCUGACAGAAAAAUGUAGUCAUAAAAACGUUUUUGAGUAGAUCAAUCCAUUUCACAGUAGCAUGCUUCAAACAAUUCCGCGUCCUUUGGCUUCUGCUUGAAGCAGAAAUUACAGGGCCUCGUUUUGUGCUGGAACAACCUUUCGUAUUAUGUAAGGCAUGUUUCUGUAUUCUCUCACAGGCACUGUGAGAGCAAAAUUUGUUCCUGGGUGUUCUACUGGUAUUUAAUAAUGGUAUUUGUACAGGUGGACAAUACCUGUAUCAAUGCCUUGAUAACCUGUGUCGGGUAACCUAUUGUGGAAAGCUUCUCUGGGAGUACACCCAGCCUGUCUUGUACUGACAGGUUUGGGAAGAAGAUAAGAUUUUCUUGCAUGCCAAAAGUUGAUACGGUACUUAUUUUCUUAUGUCAGAUGGGAGAUUAAAAUCCAGUAUAUCUUGCUGAUUUGGUUUUAGCAAGUUGCAGUCACAGAUUGGUACGGUGCAACUGUUAAGCAUUCACUUCACCUUGACAGGGAAUCUCGUCUUGCUGUUUCAGGUGGUAAAUGUCUUUCAUAAGAAGUUUUUAGAAAUCCACGCUUAGUUUCACUUGCACUGGUUCAUCAUGAUGAAGAAAGAAGUGUUGCCAUCUAGCUUAACUUGAUGCCUAUAGCUGGGAAGAAAUACACUAAUUGCAAAUUAUUUAGUAUUUUUUGAAGCAGUUGCUGUGUGUGACAUCAUAGAUGCAUUUUCUGUAUCAAGACUUACUUUUCUCAGCAGAAGUUGUUCACUAACAAACACAAUUGCUCUUUAUUAGUGAUUAAUUCAGGUUUUUUCUCACACCAAGCUGUUCUUGUAAGUUUUUUUGUGUACUGUGAAAAGGGGUCUGUUGGGCAAAGUGUACAAAAUACAGCAAGUGCAAUUUGUGGUUUGCAUUCAAGAUGCCUGAGUUCAUUAGAAGACUCUUCAAAACAAUCCACAGGGAAUAUCCAAAGCUGAAAAAGGAGUAAGAAACCCAGAGUGGGAUCUUAGAGCAGGAUGUGCAAGAGCAUCUAAGGCUGGAUGUCGGUUGCUUAAUGACUGAUGUUGCGACAUGUGUGCUUCAGUCCCUAGAAGGCUUUCUAAAAUUCCCCUGCCUAAGGAGGACAACUAAGACUCACCAACAAAUGCAUCCCAUUUUUCUCUUCAAGGCGUUUUGGUGGUGUUGGAAAGCAUUGUUGAGGAUGCUUACAGCAUAUACUUGUUGGCCUUGAAACUUGUACCUUGAAGAAAAAAAAAAAAAGUACUGUCAAAUCUCAGUGUUGGUACUUACCUGAACAGACAGAAACAGGUCUGAUUAGGACGACCAGUGUGGAAUUUCACUGGCAGUUGUCUUUGGAAGUAAGCAGAACUUGCUGAAAGCAGGACACCCAUGGUUAAACUGCAUUUUGAGAGCAGCUGGACAUUUAUGGCUUGGUCACCAGCUUUUUUUACUGUUACUAGGCUCAACUGAGACAUUGAAGUAAAGUCCCAGUUCUACUAAAUGAGGUAGAAAACCAAACUAUAACUGCAUCUUUUAGAGCAGAGGGUGGCAUGAUAAGCAAGGGAACAAUAAACACAUUUUAUAGCCAGGCUGAACUUGGCAGGCUUAGAAUCGGAGAGCAGGACUGAGCUACAGAGUUAUACUAGUUCAGACUGAGAUUUGGGAAAAAUACCUACUUUGUGCUACAUUACGUAUAAUGAAUUAACAACUGUAAUAUAUUAAAAAGUCAUAGUGGGAAGUGGGAACAAAACUGAGGAAUGCUCAUAAGACUUAUUUCUAUCAUCUGUUUUUACUUAACUUCUGGUCAUCAUGUGUCUGCCUUAAGGGAGGUAGAAACUUGAGUACUGUAAUUGUACGUAAAAGGCUGUGAUAUUUCCACACUGGAAUUGUUAAUUGCUCUCUUACAACAUUAUAUCUGUAUUUAAAUUGUUGCUUUUGGGGAGACAACUGUAGUGACAUACUUGUGAGAAACGCUGCAAGUCCAGGAGCAAGAAAUACUUAGCCCCUGCCUUACUUUUACUCCCUAGAAUAUUACUGACAGAGUCCUUGUAGAUAUCCACAGUAUGUACUUGCAUACUUCAGAUACAACAGAAAUAGUUUACUAGCUCCCUCAGUUGCAAUAUCUAACAGAAGUGUUAGAACGGUCGUGGAUUUAUUUAUUUAACAAUUUCAGUAUUGCAUGGGUUAUUUUAGCCCUCCCUCCCCCCCCCUCCCCCCAGUCGGUUUGUGCAUGAAGAAGUUCUGAGUUUCAACAUUAAGUUCUCAAUAUUACCACUUUCAGUAAGCCCGAUGACAAAACAGUGCAGAAUUUCUAGGUUUAUUAUGGUAAUGCAAUUAAACAACAUUUCAGUGAAGAACUGAGCUCCUGAAACACUAAGCCAACAAGCCUGACAGCACGUUCUGUUCCUUUCUUGAACGCAGAAGAGUGGCCGCUGAGAGUCUCUGAUGGUAUCUGGAGUACAAGGACAGUGAGAACGGUGCAUGUCAUUUCUCAGAAUCACCCUGCGAUCCAUGCAGCACUGGGACUACCUUAGAUAUUAUUUUGCCAUUCCUAUUUAACUUGACAUGACACCUACCACCAUGGAGAGGGAUAUGGGAAAAAUAUGAUUGUCAAAGCAAAUCUUGCACUAGUAGAAGUUUUCAACACCUCACUGGCUAUGUGUGUGUGAGUGAGGGGCCAGGGUCCAGAUCGUCCUUCUCUUGACUGUGCUUUAAAGAGAUGAAUGUUAAGUCCAAGCUCGUUAAGGUGGUGGGUUUCAAUGACUAAGGGACCUGUUGCUUGUUGCUGAGGCGUAUCUCUGGCAGUCUUGGCUCCGGACAACAGGCUGGAAGCUGAUUAACAUUUCAGUACUUACAGUCUGUCUGGGUAUUGAGUACCAGGGAGUUCGUGCUUCCAGCACUGAGGCGUUGAGCAAUGCUGCUGACCUACGGCACCUGCAGCGCCAUUUCUUGGUGUUGGUAAGUGGGAAUUGGCUCUUUCCCUGGCACUUCUAAAUUUGUUGUCCUGUUUUUAAUUGCCAGACUUCAGCUGUAUGUCAGCUGAAAGUUUUCAUCUUGGGCUUAAGGUUUAAAUCUCUUUGGGGAACUUCAGUCAAAACUGCAUGUUCUUUUGAACCCAGGGUUAGGAUGUGAUGGUCUUUUGCCUGUGUUCAGAUAUACUCUCAAAGAUGUUUCUUUGAAUCAUUUGUCACUUCAGUGCUUUGGGACAGGAACUCCAGUUCGGGUAGGGGAAAUGACCUCUGUGUAGAGGAUGCCCCCCGUGUUUUGUUUUUACCUCUGCCUUCUAUUCUGAUUUGGCCAAAUAUGUUAAUGUUUGUAAAAAACAGAUAGCAUGUGCUCAGUAAAAGUGAUUUUGGUAUGUGUGUGUAUCUUUACUUUAUACCAAAUAAAAUCUGCAUUGGUUUUAUCUUCA